ACGUAAACGCUUACACAGUGGGAUAAAAAUAUAUGGGUAUCAAAAGCUUUUAAACUACAUUGAUUAUCAGCUGUUUUUGCGAAAAGCCGGUUGUGAAUUUUGAAGAUCGCUUGUAUACUCAUCAUGUCAGUUACAGUACACGACCAUACAUACGGGGCAGAUUAUAAAUGCAGCAAUAGCAGUGGAAAAUGUGUAAAAGAAGAUAUGAUGGAUCCGGGGGAUCCGGAGGAUUAUGCUGUACAUCAUGACCACUCUUAUAUGUGUAUGGAAAAACCAUGUUCGAGCAUUGAUGUCCAAGCAGACCAGAAAGAUGAUGAGACAGAAUAUGUCAUCUCAGAGGAUGAUGAUAAUGAUGACGAAGGAAAUACAGGUGGAAAUUUCUAUCAUUUGCAAGGACGGCAUAUCAUAGAUCUUGAAAUAUUAAUUCAAGGUCUGGAAAGAGGUUGUCAUUAUUGCAAGAAACCUCUACAGUUGUCCUCUUGUAUUGGAGACACCAGAUAUGGACUAGGAAGCUUACUUCACAUGGAAUGUGAGCACUGUGAAAAAGUUACAUUAAUACCUACUGGAACGAGACAUGGUCCUAAUGUUUGGGAUGUAAACUCCAAAUUAGGUGCAGCUAUGCUUUUUUGUGGCAUUGGAGAGACUACCAUUAACUCUCUUCUUGGGGCAUUAAAUUUGCCAUCUGUUACCAAAACUACAUUGAAGAAGAGAGAAAGAGAAGCAGGGAUUGCAUUUGAAGAAGUUGCUUAUGAGUCUUGUUGUGAAGCACUUCUGGAAGAAAAGAGCAGGUGUGCAAGUCCUGAUAGCGUAGAAACUGUAAGCUUUGAUGCUGGCUGGCAGACACGAGGAAGUGGUAGAAAUUAUGCCAGCCACACAGGACACGGAAGUAUGAUUGGAAGUAACACUGGAAAAGUCCUGUCAUAUUCAUACAGAUGCAGGAUUUGUAGAUUCUGUGACAGAGCAAUAGACAGGGUUCCUAAGGAUCAUGAUUGCCGCAAAAACUGGGAGAAAUCUUCAAAAGCUAUGGAGUCUGAUAUGGCAAUAGAGAUGUUACAGGACCUCAAACAAAGAGGAUUUCAUGUAAAAAAGCUAAUAAUGGACAACGAUUCAACAACAAUUUCAAGAGCGAAAGCUGCUUUUGAUGAAAACCUGGAGAAACAUUGUGAUUUUAAUCAUACAAAGAAGAAUUUCACCAGCAGGUUAUUUGAAUUGAGAAAAGAAAAAAAGUACCCCACUCUAGGCCCGAAGGCUAUAAAUCACCUGACGAAAUGUUUUACGUAUGCAGUUAAAGGCAACUCGGACAGGCAAUCCUUAGAAAACAAUCUAAGAGCUAUUCCAUUUCAUGUGACAGGGGACCAUUCCAAAUGUGGAGACUGGUGCGGCUUUGUGAAGCAACCAGAAGGAUACAAACCGAAAAAUUUGCCGUACGGGAAAUAUCUUCAAGGAAAUGGUAUUUUGACAGAUCUACAGAAAGUAUUUGAAUAUUUCUUAAAAAAUGUGGAUCGCCUGUUGAACAUGGGGAGCACGCAGGCCAAUGAAAGUUUUAACAACAUCGUUGCAUCAAAGCAUCCAAAAAACCGUUUUUAUGGUGGAUCUGAGUCAACUGCUUUUAGAGUGGCAGCAGCUGUGUCGCAGAAAAACAUUGGUCAUGAUGCCCUUUCUAAGGUCUACGAAAACCUGUUAUUGUCUCCAGGGAAAAACACACAGUCUUUCCUUGAACGAGCAAGCAACAAAAGAAAAUACAACCAAAAGGUGAAGUCCAGCAUUGCUUACAAAAAGCGACGGUAUGAACUCAAGUCCUCAACAGCAAAACAGGUAUCAACAGCUGAAAUAAAGGAAGGAGCGACGUACAAAUCAGGUGUUGAUCUUAACCCCUCAGCAGACUCUAUUGAAGAAAUACCUGAUGCAACUCUACCACCAACACCAAGACUAGUUGACGAAGGAGGAAAUACAUUUAUUUAUUUUGAUUUAGAGACCACUGGCUUGGGCACUUCUUGUGACAUUAUCCAGUUGGCCUGUGUUGCUGGAGAAGAAAUCUUCAACAGAACAGGUGAAUAAUAAGUUGAAGCAUGACAGGUAAUGUAAGGGUAUGGAAGGUUUGUAUUGUGAGAUGAAAAAGGUAAAUGUAUUUUUUAAAAUGUUUUUUUGUAAUAUUUAUGUUAUUGAUCUUCAACUCUUUCUGCUUUUUGUGGUGUCCGCUAUUUCUGGUUUCUACUUACUUAAUUGCUUUGUGUGUUUGUCCUAAAUGUGCUUCAUUUAUCAUGCUUUGUGUGUUUGUCCUAAAUGUGUUUUAUUUAUAUGCUUUGUGUGUUUGUCCUUAAUGUGCUUCAUUUAUCAUGCUUUGUGUGCAUAUAUUUGUCCUCAAUGUGCAUGCUUAAUUUCUGGUUUGUGUAUUCGUCAUAAAUGUGCUGCAUAUUUUUAAUUACAGAUAACUAAUUUUUCUGUUUAAUGCAUCUGCUUCAAAUGAGCUUAAUUUCCACUAUAAUUAAAUAAAUAUAUUAAUUCUUCUUAUAAUAAUAGCAAAUUAAAUAUCUUUACAUAUAUUCCAUUUUGCAUAUAGUUUGAUCACCAGAACACUCGAUCUGACUUCAAUUAAAUGUGUCUAUUUGUUUCCUUUUAAUGCAUUAUUAGAUAUUACACAUUUAUUUAUUAGAAUUCACUGUUUUCUUUAUAACAAUUUUGUGUUUGAAAAUGUGUACUCAAUUAGGUACCAGUGUGUUUGGGACAAGGUAAAAAUUAAGAAAGAUAACUCUUUAAUAGGAUGUUUUGUACCAGAUUUUUUGUAAUAAUUUGAUAUUUUCUUUAAAAAUUCAAUUUGAUUCAAUUUUUUGUGUGAUUCAUAAACAUUUAAGUAUGUUCUUUGUAUUUUUAGAUUUUUGUGGAAUUUCAUGCAGCAGUUUCCUUAAAAUUUAUUUUUAAAUGUCUCAGUUUCACAUUUUCUGGAUUUAAAUGAAAAAAUUACAAACUUUAUUUAUGAUUUUUUUCUUUAUUAUAUAAGAACACAAUUCCGUUUUAUAUUCAUAAAAAUUAUUCAGCAGAAAAUUUUUAUGUAUUUUCUAAAUUUGAGGUUUUCUGGAGAACCAACAAAAUCUUUAAAAAAUUACAGAAAAUAAAGCGAUACACUUUAUAUUUUCUUACUGUCGGUUUCAUUACCUUCUGUUGGAUACAAAUGCAUGUAAAAAAAAUUUCAUGCACUUUAUGGGUGUAGACUUCCCCCUUAAGCCCACAAUCUGAAAAUA